UACACAUGUAGACCAAAAUGCCCUAACCCACUGCACAAUCACUGAAAUUAACUAAAUCUAACCGGUUAAAAAAAUGGUAAAACCAUUAAAAGGAAAGUAGGAGAAAAUUACAGCGGCUGCCGUAUUUUUAAGCUAGCGGUGGAGUGGUCCUCCGAAUUUUGAUGUCAUUGCUCUGGUUUGUACUUGGCCAACUAGCUGAGAUUGAAUCCAUGGGUAGUUCGAAGAAAAUUAUAACAAAAGAGGAGUGGGAGAAAAAGCUCAAUGAUGUAAAGAUUAGGAAAGAAGACAUGAAUAAAUUGGUAAUGAACUUCCUGGUGACUGAGGGUUAUGUUGAUGCAGCUGAGAAAUUCCGAAAGGAAUCUGGGACAGAACCUGACAUUGAUUUGGCAACUAUAACUGAUCGGAUGGCAGUUAAGAAGGCAGUGCAGUGUGGUAAUGUGGAGGAUGCAAUUGAAAAAGUUAAUGAUUUGAACCCUGAGAUAUUGGAUACAAAUCCCCAGCUCUUUUUUCAUCUUCAACAACAAAGGUUGAUAGAAUUGAUCAGAAAUGGAAAAGUCGCUGAAGCUUUAGAAUUUGCUCAGGAGGAACUUGCUCCAAGAGGAGAGGAAAAUGACAUUUUGCAGCAAAGCUUUUUGGAAGAGUUGGAGAGGACUGUUUCCCUAUUAGCUUUUGAAGAUGUGAAUAACUGCCCUGUUGCUGAGCUUCUGGAUAUAUCCCAGCGCCUUAAGACUGCAAGUGAAGUGAAUGCAGCAAUUCUUACCAGCCAAAGCCAUGAAAAAGAUCCCAAGCUCCCAAGUUUGUUAAAGAUGCUGAUCUGGGCACAAAACCAACUUGAUGAGAAGGCUGCUUAUCCUCGCAUAAAUGAUAUAUCUACUGCCACCCUUGAAGAUCCUGGUGUUUGAAGGACAUGGAAACUCCUUGAUUGUUGAUUGAAGUUAUGCCCAUCUGGAGGCACUGCUCAUUCAACGGUACGACAGCAAAGAGCUGCAAUAUGGUGUAUCUUGGACGAAAGUAGUUGGUCAGUCAUUCAUGGAUGUCAUUUUCAUUAAUUUAUACUACUUUACUAGGGUAAUAGGUCUCUCCACAGAAAGCCUUGCGGCAGCACAAACUUGGUGUACAGCCAAUGGAAACAGUCACGUAUUGCUCCGUUCUGUUCCGAAUGUGGAUUCUUUGCCAAUCUCAUGUAUAAUAAAUGAUACUCCUUGUGUCCACUUUCCUUUACAGUAUCAUUAAUGAUGAAUUUAGUUUGUUAUCUAGUAGUACAACA